AUGGUGUUGGGAGGAAAGAAAGAUGAAUCAGCAUCACCACCAUACUUUGUGAAAUGGGUAGCAAUUACAUUAUGGAUUGCCAUGGGAAUUCAAUGGGCAUUCUUACAAAUAUCAUCUGACGGACGAGCAUCAUCAUCAUCAUCAUCAUCACUGCCAGAAAAUAUCAAGAUCACAGAUUCGGCGCCCAUUAUUCUCAUGGGUCUUCCACGAUCUGGAUCACUGGCCAUUCAUGAAUACUUUGAAUGUCGAGGCAUGACGUCUCGGCAUUAUUGUUGUGGUGAUGGUGAUGGUGAUGAUAAUGCUAAUGAUAAUGAUAGUAAUAAUUCACGGAAGACAUCCUUUCCGUGUCCGAAUCAAAAGACCUGUGGGGAUUGUGUCUUGACGAAUCUCAAGGGGAAUGCAAAAGCGUUUGAUGGUUGCCAUGGUGGUAGUGGUGGUAAUGUUGGUGGCGUUGGUGGUGACGCUGAUAAUGGUGGUAGUAGUAUCCAAGUCUGGAGUGCCUUUGACGUGGAGACGGACCAAGGAUGGUUCUUGCCCCAACACUUUGCCUUGGGUUUGCUGCAGGAACAAUAUCCCAAUGCCAUUUGGAUUUUGAAUUUUCGGUCCAACGCUAGCGACUGGGCCAAAUCCAUUUAUCAUUGGCACAGUCUGACCCGGCGGUUCUUGCAUUCGUUUGGUCAUUUGACGGAAGACCAAGGCAUUUGGGAUGAUUUGGAACCAUCAUCGGUCUCAAAGCCGGCCCGGACCGCCCAGGUGACAGCAGAACAGGUGGAAGAAGACUUGGAACGAUCCGUAGCUAGAGUACUAGAUACUACAAAACAACAACAACGAGAAUCCAAGCGAGACGAAAUCUUGGCUAUCUUGGAAGAAAUCUAUCAGAAGCAUACGGAAAGGAUUGUCAAUUGGGGUCGUCAGUUUCCUGCUCACCGAUUGAUCGAGAUCCAAGUGGAUGGAGACGACGUUGGCUCCACCAUUCAAUCGAAAUUAGACAAGGCAUUUGGUGUCAAUUAUCAUCAGCAAUCAUCUCAAACGGAGUGCAAAUUCAAAUUUGAUCCUCCCGACAAUGACUGGCAAGACUUUUCGUUGCCCUAUUAG